UGGAUGCGCGCUUGGUUAAUUGCAGCGUGCGGACCGUAUAUAUAUAUAUAUAUUUUUGUCGGGUAGCAUAUUUGUCAGAAGCAGGCGGAGCUAAAGGAGGCUGAGACGGAGGGAUGCUGCUGAGUAGCAGGUGGAGACCGCGGAUGUUUAACGGGAUGCACUUUGCCCAGAGAGGAUCGGAGGAAGCUGCGGCUCGGCGAUUCUUUUCGUGAACGUUUUUGUUUUUAACCAUUUUUAAUCUCGCGCAGCGCAGAUUUCACCCCGCCCCCCCUCCUCCUCCUCCUCCUCCGCUGCUCUGCGGGGCCGACGGGGUGUGAAGGGCUCCGUCUGUCCGUCCGUGUCGCUGGAGGUUGCGACGAUGUGAAGCUCCAUCGUUGGGUCGACGGCCUUUUUCCCCCCUGAAACCUGAUAUUAUGCGGGCAUCCAGGGGCAGUGCACGGAUUACAGGGGAGCACAGCAGCGGUUUAGAAAAGCUUUUACAAGCUGGCAGUAUCAGCCAACUAUGGUCGACCCCUCGGAGGCCGAGGAGCAGAACAAGUGCAAAGGCCUCGACACGCCUGCUGUGGCCACUGAAGAGCUCCGACUUCCGGAACAGGCCGACGGCGCGAGGACAGAGGAUGACGAGGACGGCGGGUUCGAGACGCCGCCCUCCGGCAGUUCCGAGCCGAGCCCGUGCCACACUGCGACCCCGGCGGAGCCAGACGGCGCCUCUCAGGGGCCGCCGCCGCCGCCGCCACCCGAGCAACCACAGACUCAGACCGACGGGGACCCGUCGCCGAAAUUGCACCUGGACCUGUACAACUUUGACUCGCCGGUCGCGGAGGGCAGCCGCUACGUGUUAACCAGCCCUCACUCUCUGGAGGCGUGCGCGCGGUGCGGGGUCAAACCCGUGGAGCUCCUGCCCCGCCCGCUGGCGGACUUCGCCCGCGAGGCUCCCGGCCGCUCCAUGCGCGUGGCGACGGGCCUGUUCGAGGUCUACGAGAGAGACCGGCACGGCAAACUGAGGCAGUGCAGGGAGGAGAGGGAGAGGAUUGUUAGGGAGGAGAAAAGAAGGAUCCUGCAGGCGGCGGUCAAUACCGGCAGCGCUGCGUCACCCUCUGCUGGGGAGCAGGAGCACAAAGCCUCCUCUGGCUCCUCUCAGCCAGCUAAAUCUGGGCCGGUGACCUCCAGCUCGACCCCUGAUAGAGCCUCUAGAGCCACAGCCUCAGGUCCAACAUCUAAAGCCCCCACCUCAAGUGCAUGCCCGAAAUCUCAGUCCUCAAAAAACGCCUCCACAACCUCGUCGCUGCCCUCCAGAGGUGGUUUCCAAGGAGCUGCCAGGCAUUCACCCGAAGUCAAAUCUACGCGGCCGCUCUCGUCCGGCUCUCCGGCGGUCUUCAUGAAGCCAUCAGGCGGUAAAUCAUGCAACACUUUCCCCAGAUCGACACCGAAAACCCCCUCCUUCCCCAGGGCCAACUCCACGUUGACGUCAUCGGUGAAGAAGCCAGCGGUUCAGAGCUCUGGGACGCCUCUGAACGGCGUGACGGGAGCUCCGUUCUCUCAGCACAACGGACACCCCGGCCCUCACGCCGCCGUGCCGGCAAAAAGCCAUUCGCUGGAGUCCAUACAGCGGAGGAUGGAGCUGGUCUGCUCCUCCACCUCCACCACCACCACCACUACCACUACUACGACGUGCACCUCCUCAGAGUCGGGCGCUUCUUCUUCUUACAGCUGGGACGGCGCUCGAGAUCACUGGGCUAAGGUCUCCUGUCCUCGGGCUCGCACGAUGGCCACCUUCAACUCCCUGAUGGGCCGCAGCCUCAGCCUCGGCGACCUGAGCCACUCGCUGCAGACGACGCAGAAGGUGGAGCGCAUCGUGAGGGAGGUCCGGCGCCGGGGCCUGAAGGCCGUGUCCGAGCGCGACCGCAAGAUCGCAGCUUUGAUGCUCGCCAGAUACCAGGAGGAGGACAUCAUGAGUCAGACCCGCUACGUGGCUCACCUCCAGUGGGACAGCGAGCGCCGGAUGGAUGAGCUACGGCGAGAGCAGGAGGACCGGGAGAAGCAGCGAGCGGUGCUCCAGUGCCAGCGGAUGUGGCAGACGCAGGUGUCGUUACGGCAGCGGCGACUCAGCCAGCAGGAGCGACUGUCGGCGGCGGCCAAGAUGCGACAGGCCGAGGAGAGCGAGGAGCGAUGGAGGGAGCUCGCGGAGCAGCAGGAGCGCAACCGCCUGCUGAGGUUACAGCAGGCGGCACGAGAGGAGAAGCAUAAGAAAGCCCUCCAAGAGCAGAACCUGAAGGCCCUGGAGGAGGAGAGGGCGGCCAUGCUGGAGCAGGAGCGGCUGCUGCUGAAGGAGAAGCUCACCAUGGCCGAGCUGAAGAGGCAGGAGAAGGAGCACCAGGGCCAGGAGGACCGGCGGGGUCUGAACAAAGCGGAGAAGAGGCGCCACGCCGCCCUGAUACAGGAGAUCGCCCGCAGAGAGCAGGAGGAGAGGGAGGAGGCCAGGAGGGCAGCAGAGGAGAAGCUCAACCGCUCUCUGGAGAACUACGAACAGAUAGUGGAGCGUCGAGGCCAGGAGCUGAAGCAAAAGGCCAAGCGCGAGGAGAAGCAGAUUCAGAAGGCGCGCAAGGCGGCGGAGAAGCACGAGAAGCAACAGCGGCAGCUCCUGGAAGCUCGCGCGAAGGAGGCGGAGAAGCGGGCCCAGCAGGCCGCGUUGGUGGCCGAGGAGCGGGCCAAGGAGAAGGCCCAGAGGGCCGUCCAGACGCGGCAGGAGAAGGAGAAACUGCAGAGGCUCAACAGGCAGCGGGUGGAAGACGAGGAGAAGCAGAGGCGCCUGGAGCUGCUGCAGUCCAUCGAGAGGAAGCUGGAGAAGAGCGAGCAGAUCUUCAAGGAGAAGAGGGCGGUGCUGGAGAGCGCUCGCUCUGUGGCCCGGGCCUCCUUUCACGUACGGGACAAAGUACGGGAGGAGACCAACAUGCGCACGUUUGAUAAGAUGGCUCUGGAAGCUCAACUCAAUGCCAGCCUGGACGAGAAAUAAAGCCCACGGCUCUGCUGUGGACCCCUGCCUUCAUCGUGGCCCUCGUCGUCGUCUUCUCCUCAUAAAGACCCGCAGUGUUAUUUAUUCCCUUGCAUAUCUUCACCCAAUCAGCUUGUUUGAUGACGUGUUUAAAUUAUAGACCCUUUUCAAAAGCAAACCAAAUGUUGCACCAUGGAUGUAAUGAGACUGCGAACUGGAUCGGCUGUUGCAAAUGAACAGUGAAGCCUGUGUGGGACGUACAGUGGACGAGACGAGGGGAAGAGAGCUGCCCCCCCCCCCCCCCCCCCCUGCUCUCUCUCUUUGCCCUUUGCGCUGUCUAUCUCAGCUACUGGACUGAAAGCUGUGCACUAAUGAAAAGAGUCAUUGUUUACCAGGAAGCACAACUCCAUGACAACUGCAGAGGCUUUUAAGGGAGCGCUCGUGCAAAGGGGGGGGGAAAUCGAGCUCAAAUGGUUCCCGCCCCCCCCCCCCUGCCAUAAAACAAACAAAAAAAGAAGCAAAUGCGUGAACUUUUUGUCCACGCCCUGUGACACAGUUAGAUAUAUUAUAUAAAUAAAGCCCCGGGUUGGACACUUGUCUGUGCCGCUGACGAUGCAGAGCAGGAGGGCCGUGUGCACGAAGCCCCGCGCUGAUGCAGCAUCAGAGGACUCCGAUUCCUUCUUCUCUCCCUCGUCUUCCUGCGUCUCCCCUCUUCAUGUCAGGUGACCGUAAACAGAGACCGCCUCCUCUUGACUCCCCUCCCCUCCCCACCAGCACAGUCGAUCUGCUCCCGACAACAACCGCCUGGUGACCGAGUCAAGGUCAACAGGUCCUGGUGAUGAACAAGAGCUGGUGACGUGACCCACAAUCCUCCUUUUCUUCCCACACUGAACUUUAUCGAGUGGAAACCACCAAACCUUUCCUCUCAUGGAGUAACAGUGCCAUCUACUUUGAUGCAUAAAUGACAUGUACAAGGUUCAAAAGCAGCUUUAUUAGCAUCAAGGCGUGUUGUUCAGUCCCUAUGAACCCUCUCACCUCACCACGACACGUGGGUUUCUUUUCUGUAUCAUUUUUUGGUGUUAUGGGUUAUAAUUUGUACAUUAUCCUAAAAAGCUUAUGUCAGUGAAAUACAAUGAGUCGCUUUACUUUUCGUUUUUCCAAAAAGCGUCUCGUUACUGUAAAGGACACAAUCUGUGCAUACAAUCAAAACCAGGAGAAUAAAUACAAUUUUACAAGA